AUGUGUCUUUGCCGGAUGCGAUGCUCAAACAAAUAUUGGUCUUUGAUUGCAGAGUUUUUUCAGUGGAUUCGUGGCCUGUGCGAGAUGCACCGAAAGGCGGGCAUAUUCAAGAUUUACGCCGGCGUGAACCCCAUCGUGUUCCUGUGCACACCAGAAGCAGCCGCGCCUCUCUUAGCCAGCAAUACGAACUUGAAGAAGUCGAUGAACUACAGGAAACUACAUUCGUGGCUGGGGCCGGACGGACUUCUAACAAGCUUUGGCCAAACUUGGAAAUUUCAUCGCAAGCUAGUCACGCCCGCUUUUCACUUCCGUGUGCUCGAAAACUUUCUGCCCAUCAUCAACGAACAGGCAGACAGACUGGUCGAAAAACUUCAAGAGUACGCCGGAGGCCAAGCCAUCACCUUACAUCAUAUAUUAUCCAAAUGCGCCCUAAACGUUAUUUGCGAAACAGCCAUGGGUCUGAAACUUCACGAACGAGGAGUGAGUGCGAUCGCAGAUGAGUACGAGAAGGACGUGGAACUAGUUCUGAAGCUCUACAUGAAGCGCAUAAUGCAGCCCUGGAUGUGGGCGGACUUUGUGUACGCAGCCACCACGAGCGGGAGGCAGUAUGCGAAGCUGGUAAAGAGGCUACACAGUUUCACCAAGAAGGUUAUUCUGAACAGGCAAAGUGGCUUCGCCGCUGGUAGGCGAAAACUAGACGAUGACGCUUUCCAUGAAGCCGAGACGAACGAGAAACGGCUCGCCUUCCUUGAUCUACUCUCGAAUCACUACCGCAAGGAAAUGAUCACGAUUGAGGACGUACGACAGGAAGUCGACACGUUCAUGUUUGCGGGUCACGACACUGUCACUCAAUCACUUACCUGGACUUUGUUCGUUCUCGGCAUUUACCCGGACGUUCAAAGCAAAGUCCACGAAGAGCUGGAUCUAAUAUUUGCCCACGACAUGACGAGGGGCAUCACGAGGGCCGACAUUGCGGAUUUGUCUUACCUCGACCGCGUCAUCAAAGAGACAAUGCGCGUCUUCCCUACAGCACCCUGGUUUGGACGGGCCCUGACUGAAGAAAUUGAAAUAGGAAACUAUCAGAUUCCAAAAGGAACCACGUGUUUCGUGUUCACGUACGGCCUUCAUCGAGACCCGGACCACUACCGGGACCCUGAAACUUUCGACCCCGACCGCUUUCUCCCGGAAAACUGCAGUGGGCGUCACCCUUUCGCCUUCGUUCCCUUUUCGGCUGGUCCGAGGAACUGCGUGGGCCAAAAGUUCGCCCUGAUGGAACUCAAGGUGACCCUGGCCAAGUUGCUCCGUCGCUACCAGGUGAAGAGCUGCCACCAGCGGGAUGAUCUGCUUUUAAUGGCAGACAUGCUGCUGCGCACCAGGAACCCAAUCAAGUUCCAGCUCACCGAGAGGCUGGCUCCACAAUAAUAC